GCCCAGCUGGCACCAAUUUCAAUGAGAAACAAGACUACACUUGAUGCCAUGCCCACUAGAAAAUACUAAAGAAGAGCAAAGCGGAUGACAACGGUUUCUAGGCAACAAAACGCUAGCAAUAAAAUUGUUACAGAAGCUUAAUAACAAAGAAUGAACCGUAUUGACUUGAUGCUCUUGCCGAAAACAUUAUAAUAAUAAUUAUGGCGGAUCAAAGCGAACUGGACCAAUUAGCUACUGCCGAGCUACUGCGUCUUCAGCGUCAGCAUCGGUCGCUUCAAUUGGAUUUACGAGGGCUGCUUGAAGAGAAAGCUAAACGCUUAAAGAAACAAAACCAUAUGAUUAAUGUGCUGCAGGUGGAGCACCAGACAUUAAAGGAGGAAAUCAAGACACUAGAGGGUGGUACACAUGCCAGGAAAAACUCCAAUAAGGAGAAACAUUUGGGAACUUUGCAGAGGCAACAAACCGACUUGCAACGUGUACUACAAAAUGAGCGAACAAAUCUAUGGGAACUGGAAGGACAUAUUAGGAAAAUGGAAAAGGAAAUCGAUGCAUUGCGUCGCAAUGAAGUGCCCGACAAUUGCUACAAGGACACCAUUUGCAAGGUUCAAAAGAGUGUGGUCAAAUUGGAGAAUCGUCUAGAUGUGGUCAACAAGAAAUGCAGCGAUGUUUUGACGGAGAAUAGCAAAAUGCGUGAUCAAAUUAAUCAUAUGCUUCAAGAUCGAGCCAAUUUCAAUGAUAUGUGGCAAUCCAUGGUCACACAAUUUAAUGAGGGUAAAAAGUUCAUAAUGGACUUAAUUGAUCAAUCAACGUUGGCCUUUGAUCAGCGAGAGGAAUUGUGCAACAAGCUCUCAGUCCUCAAGGAUCGCAAUGAGAAUGAUAAAGUGAUGCAUAUUCAGGAAAUGCGAGAGAUGCAAAGACGCCUGGAACAUGAUGCCAAAUUGCAGAAAUUUUUUGAUAUUAAAGGCCAAAAGCGUACGAAUCCAGAGUUGGAGCAGCGUGAAUUGGACAAGAAACAGAAUCAAAAGGAGACUUUCGAGCGUCAGCUAUUCGAGUACAAGGAGAUUAUUGAGAAAAUUAAGCAAUUAUAUGGCGAGGACGAUGCAGAGCGUUUGGUUGCCCAAUUCAAGCGGCAGGAGGAUGAAAACUUUGCCCUUUUCAACUACGUCAAUGAACUGAGUCACGAAGUGGAAGUUCUCAAUGAUUCAACCCAAGAAUUACAAGAGGAAAUUGAACGUCAAAAGUCGGAGCAAACUGAAAAAGAAUUGAAAUUGAAAACCGAAGCACUGGAUUAUUUAAGUGCUGAACGUUUGCGCAUCGAGCAAUUAGCUAAAGAGACAGGUGAAAAGAAGCAAAAUCUAAGCCUGCGAUUGCAGGAAUUACUCAAGGGAAUAGAGGAUAUUUUCAGACAAUUGGCAUGCGAUAAUGCUCCCAUUCUUAAUGUGCUUAGCUCCAAGACCUUUUUGACCGUGCACAAUGUAAAAUUGUUUAUUGGCGUUAUCGAGCGACGUGUUAAUCUGAUUAUAAGUACCAUUAAUAUUGAAGAUAACUCCAAUCGUAUAUUGGCCAAGAAGGAUCGCGUACCCAAGUUCAACAUACGCGAAUCGGCAAAAACAAAAAAUUAAAAUUACUAUAUAUAUAUUUUACAAAAUUACAUAAAAGUCACAUAAACAUAGACCUGCCCUCAACACUUAAUUGAUAUUCCCUAUUGAUCAUAUACUCAAAGUGUUGUAUAUUGGUC